AUGCUCCGUUUCCUGAGUAGAAGAGGCCGCUCUUCGAGCCAGACACGCAACAAACAAAAUCAAAAAACAUCAAAUAAUAAAAAUCUCAUACAGUGCAAGGUAAUGUUGCUUGAUGAUACUGAUUUAUCUAUUAAUUUAUCCAAAAAGGCUAGUGCAGGAGAUCUUUAUGAACAAGUGUUUUAUUCUCUUGAUUUAAUCGAGAAAGAUUAUUUUGGCUUACAAUUCACUGAUACAAAUAAUGUUAAGCAUUGGUUGGACCCAACAAAAACCAUAAAGAAGCAAGUGAAAAUAGGACCACCUUAUACUUUAAGACUGAAGGUUAAAUUUUAUUCAUCUGAGCCUAACAAUUUGAGAGAAGAGCUCACAAGAUAUCAGUUUUUCUUACAAUUGAAGAAAGAUAUCUUAGAAAGUAAGCUGGAAUGUCCACAUUCUACUGCAGUUGAAUUGGCAGCUUUGGCUUUGCAGUCUGAAUUGGGUGAUUUUGAUGAAACAAUACAUACCCCAGCUACAGUAUCUGAAUUCCGUUUUGUUCCGAAUCAAACAGAAGAAAUGGAAAUCGAAAUAUUAGAAGAAUUCAAAAAGUGUAAGAAUCUUACACCAGCCCAAGCUGAAGUCAACUAUCUCAAUAAAGCAAAGUGGCUUGAGAUGUAUGGUGUUGAUAUGCACAUUGUGUUAGGGAAAGAUGGGUGUGAAUAUCAUCUUGGUCUAACACCAACAGGCAUUCUUGUUUUUGAAGGACCCCAGAAAAUCGGUCUCUUCUUUUGGCCGAAAAUAAGUAAACUCGACUUUAAAAAGAAAAAGUUGACAUUAGUCGUGGUCGAAGAUGACGAUCAAGGUCGCGAACAGGAACAUACAUUCGUAUUCCGACUACACAAUGAGAAGGCCUGUAAACAUCUUUGGAAAUGUGCUGUAGAACAUCACACUUUCUUCCGCUUACGAGCUCCAGUGAAAGGUCCAUCGGCAAGACAGAACUUCUUCAGAAUGGGUUCAAGAUUUCAAUAUUCAGGUAAAACUGAAUACCAAACCACACAACAAAAUCGUGCGCGGAGAACUGUUCAAUUUGAGCGUAGGCCUAGUCAGCGUUUCGCUCGUAGACAAAGUCAUGUGUUAAGGGAACGAGAGAAGCAGAACACAUCUACAAAGACAGAAACGGCUGCACAACCAGAGCCGAGUACUUCCGCAGAAACUACUGCGGUGGUUAAUGAAAAUGUUAAUGGACUCGAUACUUUAUCUCGUAAGAGCAGUGCCAAAUCUCAAAAGUCUUCGUUGAUUGAUAGCGAUUAUAAAAUGACUGAGGUAGGAGAACCAUCGACCAAGAACCUUGUAGAUGACGACACACCAGAAGAAGUUCACAUAUCAAAGGAAGAUGCAAUAAACAAUAAGGUUCUAUUUAAAAUGGACAAGUGUGAAGAAAAGAAAAAUAAUUUGACACAACUGGUUAUAAAUAAGCCGCCUUGCAACUGUUCUCCAGUUGCUGAAUUUAACCCAUUAAAUGAUCUCUUGAUGAGUUUGGUUAAAGACAAAUUGAACACGGACGACGCUAAAAAUGUAAACACAAAAGACCAAGAUUCAGUAGACAACGAGGUGCCUAACAAUCAGAAUAAAUUUAUGCUUGGCUCCAAGAAAAAUCUACCACCUGGUCAGUUAAAAUGCAAUAACAUACUUAAAGCUCGGGAGAAUGAAGUUAAGAUAAUAAACGAAUCUUCGAAUAUGAAUCUAUCAAUUCCAUCAACGCCGUCUCCUAAGAUAAUUAACGAAAAUAAUACCCAAUACGUGUCUAUAGUUGUUGUAGAACCUCCGCAUUCACAAGUGAAGGUAGCCUCACCCAAACCAGUGGAAAGACAAGAAGAUAUUGCUCCUAAAUCCCAACCAAUAUCAUCUCUAUCACCAUGGCUGGUGACUUCAGAACCCAGUUCACCGUCAGGAAUCGGAGAGAAAGAAAUAACUAUUAUACACAGAAAAUCAGUUAUAACAACUCAACUUUAA